AAAAUAGAUGUAUUGAUUGAUAAUAGUGUUUGUAGUCAACUAUUAUUUAUUGGCUUAACUAAUGCAGUUGGUAUAAGUAAUAUUAGUAAUACUAAAGCUCUUAGCACGUAUCAAAUAGCAAUGGCAUGGGUAGCAAAUAAGCAACCCUUAUUUUAUGAUCAGAUACCUAUUUUUAUGUAUAAAUAUAUAAAAAAAGUAGUUAAUGUUAAUGGAGAUGGAAAAUACAGAUACAGAGCAGUGGCCGUGGGCUUAGGAAGAAAUGAAAAUGAGCCAUUUUAUCAAUCAUUGUUUCUAGCAAAUGAUGAUUAUGAUAUUAUUUUAAAAGAAAUUUCUUGGGAGAGCAGCCCUUGCAC